AUGGCGCCUCUAACAGCUCAAGAGAUCAUCGCUCAUCCAGCAUAUGAGACUGUAGAUUGGAAACUCCCUCCCACAACCUCGGGCCGGGCCCUGGUGGCUCAGAACAGGCGCGGUGGCCCGUUCAGCCUCAACUACGAGAUCCAUGGCACGGGACCCGUGAAACUAGUUUGGAUCAUGGGGCUAAAUGCCGUCCUGAAAGACUGGAAGCGCCAAACCAAGUACUUCGGCCACCUCAACGGCUCGAAAUACUCCUGUCUGGUCUUCGAUAAUCGCGGGGUUGGCCAAUCCGACAAACCCACCUGCUUCUACUCCACAAGCGAGAUGGCCCGCGAUGUCGUGGAUCUGGUCAGCUCGCUGGGCUGGAUCGACCUGAAAGCUCCCGCGACACGCGCUAUCCACGUCAUCGGCGCCAGCAUGGGCGGCAUGAUCGCCCAGGAAGUCGCGAUGCUCAUCCCAGACCGGCUGGCUAGCCUGACGCUCUGCUGUACGGCUCCGCGACUAGUGCGUACAACGCCCUUCUUUGAGAACCUGCAGCAGCGCGCGAGCAUGUUCAUCCCGCGACAUGUGGACGUGGAAAUCGACCGCAUCGCGGCGACGCUGUUUGCGAGUGAAUUUCUGGCGCAGCCGGAUACGGAGAACGAGGACCCUGCCUUGAAUUUUCCGACGAAGAGGGAUCGCUUUGCGGCGGGGCAUUUGAAGAAGAAGGCGGAUACGGAGUCGUAUACGCCCAAAGGGUUCUUGUUGCAGGUGACUGCUUGUUAUUUUCACCAUAAGUCUCCGGAGCAGUUGAGGGCUUUGGGGGAUGCGGUGGGCAGGGAGCGGAUUGCUGUUUUGCAUGGGACGGAGGAUCGAAUGCUUACGUUUCGUCAUGGGGAGCUUUUGAAGGAGGAGAUUGGUGAGGGGAUUACAUGGCGGGUUUUUGAAGGCGCCGGGCAUAUGUUGGGGUGGGAGACGGAGCAUGAGAUAAAUCGGUCGAUACAGGAAUUGGUGGACCGAUAUAGUUGA